AUGUGCGCAUGGAAUCGUUCGCGCAUUAAUCAGAUUUCCUCUGCUAUUGGGCCAAGGAGACUCGGAAGGAGAAAACAGGACCAAGGAAGAGGGAAUGCGAACCGACAACGAACGAGAUUUACAACGCAAAAAUCAGAACGAUUUCAAACCUCGAAUGUUUAAUUACUUAUAAACUCAGAAAUAAAACAGAAGUCAAAAUUUCCACAACCAAAAGUAUAAGGUUUAUUUCACGCGCCACAAGCAGAGUACCUUAGUACUCCACGGGCACCUUACCCACGUAAAUUUCCCUAAAUUUUCCCUAACCGCGAACGGCGCAACGCAACAACAAUAUUGCAAGAUAAUAAGAGUUUACCUUUGUGUACAGUGCACACUGUACAAUAAUCAGUAAAGCGUUGAAAUCCGAAUCGUGAUUCUCGUGUCUGUGAUUAUUUUAUUCAAAAGAAAUUAAUAAGCAGUAUUACAUAAAAGAGUCAAAAUGGGUAAACGUCAACAUCAAAAGGAUAAAAUGUAUUUAACAUAUACAGAAUGGUCCACAUUAUAUGGUGGAAAAAAAGCAGGAACAUCUGAAGAAAGUGAAGAUACAACAUUUCGUCGUUUACCAUAUGAUCAUUGCUGUUUAUCCUUACAACCUUUUCAACAUCCUUACUGUGAUUCUCAAGGGAAUGUCUUUGAAUUAGAAGCAAUACUGGAAUAUAUAAAAAGAUUCAAACAUAAUCCUGUCACAGGAAAACCUUUAGAUCCAAAGACCUUAAUAAAGUUAAACUUUUGUAAAAAUGCAGAAGGACAAUAUCAUUGUCCAGUUCUUUUCAAAUUAUUUACUAAACAUUCUCAUAUUAUUUGGGGCAAAAAGUUUGAAGACGAAUUUAAACCAAACUUGAUUCAUCAAGGAAGAGGAAUUUUAUCAAUGGCAAAUUCUGGUCCCAACACAAAUGGAUCUCAAUUUUUCAUCACUUUUCGAUCAUGUAGACAUUUAGAUCGAAAACAUACUGUGUUUGGCAAAAUAGUGGGUGGACUGGAAACCUUAAAUGCUAUUGAAAAAGUAGAAGUUGAUAACAAAGAUAGACCAAUAGAGGAUAUAGUUAUUCAGAAGGCUCAAGUUUUUGUUGAUCCUUUUCAAGAAGCAGAUGAACAGUUGAUCGCUGAACGUGCGGCUGAAGCAGUGCGGUUAGCUCAAGAAGCAGCAAAAAAUAAAUCUUUCAAUAAAAAGGAAAAAAAUGAGUUGAAAAUAUACCGGUCGGGUGUAGGAAAGUACAUCAAGAUGGAUAAAGAUGAAGAAAAAAUGGAAAAGACAGAGUUUAAUAUUGAAUCUGUGACAAAGAAGAAGAAGCUUGUGACAAAUUCAUUUAAUGAUUUUUCGUCUUGGUAAAAUAAUUUAAAUUCGUUAAAAUUUGUGAUUCCUGAUGUAAUCUAAUUUUAUCAUUGUAUAUUUCAACUGAUACCAUAAAUAAAGUAUUAUUUAUAUGUUU